AUGGAGUAUUGGAACCAAGUUGCAAUGAUGAGAUGCUUAUGGAAUCUAAGCAUGAAGAUGGAUAGUUUGUGGGUGAAAUGGGUGCAUGCUUAUUAUGUGAAGAAUGCAACUGUCUGGACUACUAAUGUUCCUGCCAUUGCAUCUUGGAUCCUUAAGGAUAUUUUGGUGAGAAGGGAGGAUGUCAACCAGCAUUUGCAAAUCUGGAAUGAUAUGCUUAGUAAAGGAAAGUUCUCCAUGAAGAAAUUGUAUGAUCAUCUGUUACAGGCAGAGGACAAUGUGAAUUGGAGUCACCUCAUUCAGCAUAAUGUUGCUCGUCCUAGGGCUAUUGUGUGUCUCUGGCUUGUGUGCCAUAAUAGGCUGGCUACGAAAGCAAGGCUGAAAUGGCUUGGGCUUAUGCAGGAGGAUUGUUGUAGUCUGUGUAAUGAUCACAUAGAGGACAUCAAUCAUUUGUUCAUCAAUUGUAGAAUCACUAAACACAUAUGGAAUGAAGUGCUAAAUUGGCUCGAGGUGAAUCACAAAUCGACUCAAUGGCAAGAGGAGCUGAACUGGAUCAUUCAACAUACCAAAGGAAAAGGAUUAUGUGCUAGUAUUCUGAAAAUUGCUAUUGCUGAAACUGUGUAUGGCAUAUGGAUGUAUCGUAACGAGAGAAUCUUCGGUUCUUAUACGAAUGAAGACACUACCAAAGUUGUUCACAAUAUUAUAGAUGCCAUAGUGUAUAGAGGAUGGCUUAAAGAUAAGUAUAGGAGAAAGAUAGCUUUGCUCAUGAUGUAA